ACGAAAUUUCACUACGCAACCGGUACAAGUUUCGAAAAAGGGCGACUCCUAAUCCUCUGAAGAUCGUUUGUUCGCGCGAGAUUUGAUUGUUCGGUGUGAUACUUGGUGCAAGGAAAAAGGGGGAAACACAGAAAUGAAGUUAAUAACAAUCGUGUACCUAACGACUGCCGUUGUCCUCGUGGCAGGUCAGAAUCUUGACGAGUGUCUCCAGCAGGACAGCAUAUCAUGCGUGCAAAAGAGCAUCUACAGGAAGGCUAAGGAGUUUUUUGGAAAGGACAGUUUAGAGAUCGUACCAGGAAUCAAUCUGAUCAGGAGUCAGGAUGCUAAUUCGGAUGGCAGGAAUGCUAGAUCCAGUAAAGAUUUGAUAUACGAUCAGGAGAUCGAUGGUGCUAAUGAUGUCGCUGAAAGACAAAACGUUCUUGAGAGUUUUGUUGGCGAGGAAGCUAGCAAUUACUUCACUGGACGUAGUUUGAGGAUCAACUUUGCGCCAGCCGUUGAGAAAAUCGGUGAGGUCGCUCGUACAAUCAGCGAUUCCAUGCCUCAAGAGAUUCGUCAGGCAGCCGAUGAGAUCGUCGAAGGACGAGUCAGAAAAUUAAAGCUUCUGAAAUCUGUGAUUCCUCUUCUGAUUGCCGCCAAAGCUAAAAUCGGUGCACUUGCUACCAUUGCUUACUUUUUUAUCGCGCUGGUUGCCAAAAAAGCUAUCUUCGCAUCACUCAUUUCCAUUGCAAUCUCUGCCUUUAUCGGAUUGAAAUAUCUCUGGUCUUCUAAAUCUGGCUCCAGCUUCACUCCCUAUAAUAGUGGUUGGAGCGGUAGUGUCAGCAACGUCGGUGGUGGUUGGUCUGCACCUGUUUCUUCCGGUGGAUGGGCUACUUCCGGUUCUGGCGGUUGGGACGACGGACAUUAUGCUCAGAAUCAAGCUUAUUCUAGCUAUCAUCAUCGACGAUAGUUUCCUACGCUCAGUCGAUUUGUCGAAAUCCUAUUUCAAAUUCUUUCAUUAUUUUUGAUUAUUUCUCGACACGUCGCGCGAACAAGUAGCGGAAAAAAUGAAUUAUUUAUAUUUAUUUAUGUGUGUAUGCGAAUCAUCCGUAGUAGAAAUUCAAUCAGUUCGAAAGUGCGAUCAUCCUUUUGUACAUAAUAAUUAAUGAUAUCAACAUACUUGUUCUUAUUAUUUAGCCACGUGAGCGUUCACGAAUGGAAUGGACAAAUCAAAACGCAGAAGCUAGUCUUGCGAGUAAAGGGACGCGAGUUCAGCAAGUAUUUUCUUUUUGUGCACGAUAACACGAGUGUAUGCGCGUUGCAUCUUCCGAAUGUGUGUAAUGUCCGUACGAGAACUAACUCUCUCUCCCUUUCCUUCCUAUCCCUCCUCUGAUCGAUCUCCUUUGCUCCUCUUCUUCUUUCUGCUCACCGCAGCUCAAAACCAUCUAGUCUACCAUCAUGGAUGUACGUGGAUUCCGUUAACCUACUAGCCCGUAUAACUAUCGAUUUUAUAAUA